CUGAGAAACGACAUGUCCUAUGUACCGUCCGCGACCCUAAGAAGUACCCCCACCAAAAGAGUGCGCCAAUAUUUCAGAGUUCGGGAGUAACGUUCUUGUUUUGUCCGUAAAUAUUACUCAGGUCUCUUGGGUCGACCGCCUGCUCAACUGUAUAUAGUGUUCGGUGUUCACCCCUUAACACUUCGAUAAUCCUCUUCUUCGAUUCUCAAGGGCCAAACACACGACUUUGAAAGGAAAUGGCCGAUGAAGUGACCCUCCUGGACUUCUGGCCGAGCAUGUACGGGAUGAGGUGCCGAGCAGCGCUGGCCGAGAAAGGGGUCGAGUAUGAGUAUAAGGAGCAGGACUUGACGUUUGACAAGAGCGAGCUCCUCCUUCAGAUGAACCCGGUUCACAAGAAAAUACCCGUCCUCAUCCACAACGGCAAUCCCGUCUGCGAGUCCCUCAUCAUCGUGGAGUACAUCGAUGAGACCUGGAGCCACAAGGCCCCUCUCUUGCCGUCGGAUCCGUACGAGCGAGCCCAAGCCAGAUUCUGGGCUGAUUUCGUCGACAAGAAGGUCUAUGAUCUCGGGAGGAAGUUGUGGAUGAGGAAAGGGGAAGAACAGGAUGCGGCGAAGAAGGAAUUCAUCGAAUGCCUGAAAAUAGUAGAAAGUGAGCUCGGAGACAAGGCUUUCUUCGGGGGCAAGAAGUUCGGGUUCUUGGACAUAGCGAUCAUCGGCUUAAACUGCUGGUUCUACACCUACGAGACGUGUGGGAACUUCAGCAUCCAAGCUGAAUGCCCCAAGCUCGUUGCUUGGAGCAAGAGAUGCAUGGAGAAGGAGAGCUUGUCCAAAACUCUCCCCGACCCACGAAAGCUGUGUGCCUUCAUCUUGGAGUGCAAGAAAGCGAUGGGCAUAGAGUAGGGGACUAUGCUUCCGCUUUUGCUAGACCCUGUUUUCUUCCCGCAUUGUGGUGGUCGGAAUUUGCUGUCUUUGUUGGUGAUCCUGUGCUCGUAAGGGACUUCUUUGUCUUUCCUAAAGUUCUGUAAUCUGAGAGGACACUUCGUUGUGUCUUCUCUUCAUCUUGAACUACUAGGCGAUCAUGUCACAUAGAAGUAAGGCAUGCUAGCUGAUGUUAUGCUGAAAUAAUGUAAGGUUCUGGUCAGGUCAUGAGUACAUUUCAAGUUUUCGGAUGUUCUUCGAAA